GCUGUGGUAAGUCGGAUCAGUCUACAAACACGGUGAGUCAUGUCAUCCUCUCCCAGUAUUGCUACCUGUUCCAUUUGCCACAUGUUCACCAUAGCUCUCUCCGUCAGCGACGAGGGAUUUACAUGUCAUAAAUGUAGGGAAAUAGUCAGGCUGACAGAGAGAAUCUCAGAAUUAGAGACACGCAUCCAAACUUUAAUCGAGGAUAGUAAGAAUGCAAGGGCUUCAGAUACUGUUGGAUGUGACUAGCUUAGUGAACUCUGUACAUUGUUCGGUUCCGCCUGUAGAGCCCGUGCAGCAGGGCACUUGGGUAACGGUGAGGCGGCCUAGCCGCGGAAAACACCACUCUUCCGUUCCAAUAAGAACAUCAAACAGGUUCUCCCCACUCAGUGAAACACCCACUGAGAAUCCUGUUGAAAGUGCCCUAGUUAUUGGCGAUUCUAUUACACGGAACGUGAAAAUAGAGACACCAGCCACCAUAGUCACAUGUUUGCCGGGAGCCAGAGCACCUGACAUCAAAGCAAAUUUAAAAGUGCUGGCUAAUGCUAAUCGUAAAUACUCUAAGAUUAUUAUUCACGUCGGCACUAUUGAUGUUCGACUUCGCCAGUCGGAGAUCACUAAAAUUAACAUUAAAGAGGUGUGUGAACUCGCAAGUACAAUGUCAGGAGAAGUAAUUUGCUCUGGCCCCCUUCCUGUUCGUCGGAGUGAUGAGAUAGUUAGCAGAUUAUCAUCACUCAAUGGCUGGCUGUCUAAGUGGUGUCCGCAAAAUAAUAUAGGUUUCAUAGACAAUUGGAAAAGUUUUUGGGGCAGACCUGACCUGUUGAAAAGAAAUGGUAUUCAUCCCUCCCGGGAUGGUGCUGCUCUUCUCUCUAGUAAUAUGGCACAUAGUCUUAGAACUGAAACAUGACAAACUGGGGCCCAAGUCAGGAAGCAGACAGACUGGCUAAACCGACCGUCUCCUAGCUGCCUCACGUUACAGAAGUCAGAAAAUUCAGAUAACUCCCAACACAUAGAAACUCUUACACCUAGAUAUUUUCAAAUAGAGACUGUGUCUGUACCCCAAAUUAGUAAAAACAAAAAACUUCCAAACCCAUUUAAUGGUAAAAAUUUAAUUGAUGUUCAACAAAUAAAAAAUAGAGAUAAUAAUGCUAAACAAAUGAUAAAACUCGGGUUGUUAAAUAUUAGAUCCCUUUCUUCAAAAUCACUUAUUGUUAAUGAUAUUAUCAAAGAUAAUAAUCUAGAUGUGCUGUGUUUGACAGAAACUUGGCUAAAACCGGACGAUUACAUUACUUUAAAUGAGUCUAGUCCUCAAGGUUAUGAUUAUCGACACAAUGCCCGUCAGAAAGGCAAAGGGGGAGGUGUUGCUGUAAUCUAUAGUAAUAUUUACAGUAUUAGUCAGAAGUCUUUCAAAUAUAAUUCCUUCGAAACUAUGGUACUUUACGUAACAUUAUGUAAGUUGACAUUUGU